GGCCGGCCUCCGCCUCGCCUCCAGGCCUUCCCUGCGGUUUCCCAUGUCACGAUGGACUCCUGAAUGUGGCCUCGGCUACACCCUGGAAGCGGAUAUGAAGAGUGACGUUUCCUCUGGGGCACCAAAGCAGCAGGAGAGUCUGAAGGGGGCCCUCUUGAACCCUCAGCCCAUGGAGGCUGCCAAAAGCUUCCCUGAAGAAGUGGAGAUGCUCGCCAGCAAGGUUGGGGAGGACUUCUCCCACUUGUGUGGCGACUCUCAGAAGCAAAAGGAGGUGAAUGGAGGCCGCCAAGAGCAAGAGACGGUUGUCAUGCGGAAGAAGCGCAAGAGCCAGCAGGCUGGCCCUUCGUAUGCGCAGAGCUGCGGCGGCAAGGAAAAUCCGCGCCUCUUGGGGCUAAGGCAGCGCCUCGAUACGCAAAGCGAGGACAACGACUCCUCCUUCAGCGAGUGCGUGUCCUCGCCAUCGUCCAGUUUGCAUUUUGGGGACUCCGACACGGUGACUUCCGACGAGGACAAGGAGGCGGCCCCCGUCAGGCACACUCGGGCAGCGCUGAGCGCUUCCAGCAGAACUCACGGCCCCCGGCCACAGAAGUGGCCUCGGACAGAAACGGAGCCCGUGUCUGGCUUGCUGAUGAAAAGGCCCUGCUUCCACAGCGGCGGUGGCAGCUCUUUGAGGAGGCUCCCCUGCCGGAAGAGGUUUGUGAAAGCAAGCUCUUCUCCACGUACGCAGAACCAAAAAGAGCGGAUUUUGAUGCAGCGGAAAAAACGGGAGGUCCUAGCGAGGAGGAAGUACGCUUUGCUGCCCAGCUCCAGCAGCUCCAGCGAGAACGACCUGAGCAGCGAAUCCUCUUCCAGCUCGUCCACCGAGGGAGAGGAAGAGAUCUUUGUAUCGACCAGUGAAAACCACCAAAACAGUACUGCUGUUCCCUCAGGGAGUAUCGAUGAAGAUGUUGUGGUGAUCGAAGCCUCCUCCACGCCCCAAGUCACUGCUAAUGAAGAAAUUAAUGUUACCUCAACAGACAGCGAAGUAGAGAUUGUAACAGUUGGUGAAAGUUACCGGUCUCGUUCCUCACUGGGGCAUUCGAGGUCCCACUGGGGCCACAGCUCAAACUCCCACGCCCCACGAUCACAGGAGCAGCGGAACCGCAACAGAAUUUCCACGGUCAUACAGCCACUGAGGCAGAACGCAGCAGAGGUGGUGGACCUCACCGUGGAUGAGGAUGAGCCCACCCUUGUGCCAUCUACGUCCUCCCGAGUGGACGCCCAGGCUGCCGGUUCUGCGUCCAGCGAGGGCUCUGGCAGAGCUGCCACGGAGCAGGCCCCCGAGAUCGUUUCGAGCGUCUCCAGCAGCCAGACGGCAGCAGCCCCGGAGCCUUUGGUCACCCUUGCCAACAGCAGUGCCGCCGGGAGUGCCACAGGAGAUGAUGCGAGAGGAAACCCCUCCAGCUCCGCCCUGGACCCUGGCCCCCCGGCCCUGCCGCGGCUGCCCUCGUGCUGCCCCCAGCACUCCCCCUGCAGCGGGGGGUCUUCGCAGAGCCACCCGGGCCUGGGCCACCCACCGGCCAGCUGUUUCCAGCAGCACGGGCACCACUUCCAGCACCACCACCACCACCACCACCACAGCAGCCCUCACGCCAGCGUCCCCCUCUCGCCGCCCUUCAGCGAGUCCAGCUGCCCUGCGGAGCGGCCUCCCCCGGUGCCAGCACCCGGCGGGCCCGGCGGCAGUUCUGGCUCUGCUUACCACGACCAGCAGGCGCUCCCCGUCGACCUGAGCAGCAACGGCAUCCGGAGUCACGGGGGCGGCUCUUUCCAGGGCGCUUCUGCCUUCGACCCCUGCUGCCCGGGGUCUUCCUCCCGGACGUCCAUCUACAGCCACCAGGCUGGCGCCGCUCCCGGCCACCCCAUCGCCCUCGACGGAUAUGGCGCAAACAUGGUUGCCCCGCCGCAGCCCCCACCCCAGGCUUCGCUGUCGUCCUGCCGGCACUACAUGCAUUCGCCUUAUGCUUCUUUGACACGGCCACUUCAACAUCAGGCUACUGCCUGCCCCCAUUCCCACGGGAACCCCCCUCCGCCUCCCGCUGCUCCGCCUCAGCCGCAGCCCGCACCCCAAGUCGACUACGUGAUCCCGCACCCCGUGCAUCCCUUCCACCCAUCCAUCUCCUCCUCGCAUGCCUCUGCUCACCCCGUGCCCCCUCCACAUCCCUUGGCCGGUGCUGCUGCCCCAAUCCCGCAGCACCUCCCGGCGGCACCCCAGCCUCUGCCCCACCACAUCCCUACUGCUGCGCCCUCGGCACAGAGGCUGCACCCUCAUGAGGUGAUCCAGAGGAUGGAGGUCCAGAGGCGCCGAAUGAUGCAGCACCCCACGCGAGCUCACGAGCGGCCUCCGCCACACCCUCACCGGAUGCAUCCCAACUACGGCCACGGGCAUCACAUUCACGUGCCCCAGACGAUGUCUUCCCACCCUCGGCAAGCUCCGGAGAGAUCUGCCUGGGAACUGGGGAUCGAAGCUGGCGUGACGGCAGCCACCUACCCACCUGGACCCCUCCACCCUCACUUGGCUCACUACCAUGCGCCACCCCGACUCCACCACCUGCAGAUCGGUGCUCUUCCGCUAAUGGUUCCUGACAUGGCGGGCUACCCUCACAUCCGUUACAUUUCAUCGGGAUUGGAUGGAACUUCAUUCAGAGGCCCUUUCAGGGGCAAUUUUGAGGAACUGAUUCACCUGGAAGAGCGAUUGGGAAAUGUGAAUCGUGGGGCUUCCCAAGGAACAAUCGAAAGGUGCACGUACCCACACAAAUACAAAAAGAGGAAACUGCACUGCAAACAAGAUGGGGAGGAAGGAACCGAGGAGGACACAGAGGAAAAGUGCACCAUUUGCUUAUCUAUUUUAGAGGAGGGCGAAGAUGUCAGACGCCUGCCUUGUAUGCAUCUUUUCCACCAAGUGUGUGUCGACCAGUGGUUGAUUACAAACAAGAAGUGCCCCAUUUGCAGAGUGGACAUUGAGGCUCAGCUGCCCAGCGAGAGUUGACCCCCUUUCCCCCCCCUCCCCCAGCCCUCUCACGCUCCUCUUUCACGCUCAUUCUUCCUGGUACUGCAGUCAACCAAAGAUGGCAUGACUUAACCUGUGCAGGUGUUGGAAGCAUUGGAACCUGCUAGAGUGCUAUGUGUCUGCUCUAUGGUAUACCUAAUGCUAAACCUACAGUUCCGUGUAUUUAUAAAGCUUUUUUUUUUUUUAGAAUUUCCCCAACUCCUAACCAUGUUCCCCUGUAUUUUUGCAUGUUUCCUCGUAUUGCAUUUCUUUGCACAUGUUAUGGGCUUAAGUCACCCUCCCAAACUUGCAGGCAAGAUUUAUCUGCUUUAGAAAGUAGAAUUGUGUGGUU